AUUAUUCACCCUUCUUAAUGGGCCAGUGUAUAUGUAAUCUCUGCUUUAUCCCAAAGCAUGCAUUGCCUGCCAUUCACAAGCAAUAAAACAUCUUGUGAGAGAAGAACGGAUCAUGGACCAGCCUCACGCUCUUGUAGUCGCUAGCCCUGGCUUGGGCCACCUUAUCCCUGCCCUCGAACUCGGCAACCGUCUCUCCUCCGUCCUCAAUAUCCACGUCACCAUUCUUGCAAUCACCUCCGGCUCCUCUUCCCUGACAGAAACCGAGAUGAUACAUGCAGCCGCGGCUAGAGGGACCUGUGAAAUUAUGGAAGUACCCUCGGUCGAUAUAGACCACCUCGUGGAGCCAGAUGCGACAGUGGUCACUAAGAUAGUGACGAUGAUGCGAGCCAUGAAGUCCGCGGUUAGAGAUGCCGUGAAAUCAAUGAAGCAAAAACCGACGGUCAUGAUCGUUGACUUUUUUGGUACAUCGUUGUUGUCCAUAACCGAUGUAGGUGUGACGGCUAAGUAUGUGUACAUACCGUCGCACGCGUGGUUCUUGGCAUUAAUUGUCUACUUGCCGGUGUUGGAUAAGGUAGUGGAAGGUGAGUAUGUUGAUAUUAAGGAGCCUAUGAAAAUACCAGGUUGUAAACCGGUCGGACCAAAGGAGCUUUUGGACACAAUGUUAGACCGGUCUGACCAACAGUACCGUGAGUGUGUACAGAGUGGGUUGGAGAUACCUAUGAGCGAUGGCGUUUUGGUAAAUACUUGGGAGGAGUUACAAGGGAAGACUCUAGCUGCGCUAAGAGAAGACAUGGAUUUGAACCGGGUUAUGAAAGUACCGGUCUACCCUAUUGGGCCUAUAGUUAGGACUAAUGUGCUUAUUGAAAAACCAAACUGUAUAUUUGAGUGGCUAGACAAACAAAGGGAAAAUUCAGUUGUUUAUGUGUGUUUAGGGAGUGGUGGAACGUUGUCAUUGGAGCAAACGAUGGAACUCGCUUGGGGUUUAGAGUUAAGUGGCCAAAGUUUCCUAUGGGUUCUACGCAGGCCUGUUUCUUACCUUGGUGGGAACUCAAAAGAUGAUGAUCAAGUGAGUGCUUGUCUACCAGAAGGUUUCUUGGACCGUACACGUGGUGUAGGUCUUGUGGUCACGGAAUGGGCACCGCAAGUUGAGAUCUUGAGCCAUGGAUCGAUUGGUGGGUUUUUGUCUCAUUGUGGUUGGAGCUCGGUGUUGGAGAGUUUGACUAAAGGAGUUCCGAUCGUUGCUUGGCCUCUUUAUGCGGAGCAAUGGAUGAAUGCCACGUUGCUGACAGAGGAGAUCGGUGUAGCCAUUCGUACGUCAGAUUUACCGUCAAAGAAAGUGAUCGGCCGGGAAGAAGUGGCGUAUUUGGUGAAGAAAAUUGUAGUGGAAGAGGAUAAAGAAGGACGGAAGAUAAAGGCUAAAGCUGAGGAGGUGAGGGUUAGCUCCGAACGAGCUUGGACUCAUGAACCUUCAAAUAAUAAGAUCAUGGACCAGCCUCACGCGCUUCUAGUCGCUAGCCCUGGCUUGGGUCACCUCAUCCCUAUCCUUGAACUCGGCAACCGUCUCUCCUCCGUCCUAAACAUCCACGUCACCAUACUCGCCGUCACCUCCGGCUCCUCUUCACCGACAGAAACCGAAGCCAUACGUGCAGCCGCUGCUAGAACUGCCUGUGAAAUUAGGGAACUUCCCUCGGUGGAUAUAGACAACCUCGUGGAGCCAGAUGCAACGGUGGCCACUAAGAUCGUGGUAAAGAUGCGAGCCAUGAAGUCCAGAGUUCGUGACGCCGUGGAAUCAAUGAAGCGAAAACCAACGGUCAUGAUCGUUGACUUUUUUGGUACGGGGUUGAUGUCCGUAGCCGAUGACGUAGGCUUGACGGCUAAGUACGUGUACGACCCCUCGCAUGCGUGGUUCUUGGCAGUCAUGGUGUACUUGCCGGUGUUAGAUACGGUAGUGGAAGGUGAGUAUGUUGAUAUUAAGGAGCCUUUAAAAAUACCGGGUUGUAAACCGGUCGGACGAAAGGAGCUGAUGGAAACGAUGUUAGACCGGUCGGACCAGCAAUAUAAGGAGUGUGUACGAGUUGGCUUAGAGGUACCUAUGAGCGAUGGUGUUUUAGUAAAUACUUGGGAGGAGUUACAAGGAAACACUCUCGCUGCGUUUAGAGAGGACGGAGAGUUAAACCGGAUCAUGAAAGUACCGGUUUAUCCUAUUGGGCCUAUUGUUAGGACUAGCGAGCAUGUAGAAAAACUCAAUAGUAUAUUCGAGUGGCUAGACAAACAAGGGGAACGGUCAGUGGUGUAUGUGUGUUUAGGGAGCGGUGGAACGUUGACGUUUGAGCAAACAGUGGAGCUCGCUUGGGAUUUAGAGUUAAGUGGUCAAAGGUUCGUUUGGGUUCUACGUAGGCCCGCUUCUUACCUCGGGGUAAGCUCAAGCGAUGAUGAUCAGGUGAUUACCAGCCUACCUGAAGGUUUCUUGGAUCGCACGUGUGGUGUGGGGCUUGUGGUUACGCAAUGGGCACCGCAAGUUGAGAUCUUGAGCCAUAGAUCGAUCGGUGGGUUCUUGUCACAUUGCGGUUGGAGUUCGGUGUUGGAAAGUUUGACUAAAGGAGUUCCGAUUGUGGCUUGGCCUCUUUAUGCGGAGCAGUGGAUGAAUGCCACGUUACUGACUGAGGAGAUCGGUGUGGCCGUUCGUACGUCGGAGUUACCAUCAGAGAAAGUCAUCGGACGGGAAGAAGUGGCGUCUUUGGUGAGGAAGAUUGUGGCGGAAGAGGAUGAAGAAGGACAGAAAAUUAGGACUAAAGCUGAAGAGGUGAGGGUUAGCUCCGAACGAGCUUGGAGUCAAGGUGGGUCAUCUUAUAAUUCUCUAUUUGAAUGGGCAAAACGAUGUUAUCUUGUAUCGUGAUUUGAGAAUAACAUCAUGAACAACAAUUUCUGUCUAAAAUAUCAACCUUUUUUAUAUGAAUAUAAAAGUGUGUUAAAUUU